UUUUAAGCACCGGCUUGCAUGUUUUCAACGCGUAGCCUGUUUUCUAUACGUAUAGCGAAACAAAUAUCUUUUUGCGUUGUCGCUUGUGACUGGUACCAUUGCUUGUAUUUGCUUUAAGGUUAUGGGCAUCUUGUGUUUUUCAAGAUAUGCCUGGUUGGGUUUGAAAAGCACCAAGUAAUCCACUAUUACGUUAGACGAAGAAAAAACACGCAACGUUGACUACCAAAACAGUGUCUUGCUUCAGGUUGGAAUUAGUCCGGAAGUAUUUAUAUGCUGUGUGGAGACAAUUAAUAUAAUGGCGUCAGAUAGACACAAUUGUUCGUGUUGCUCCCAUCCAGUCUCCUCUCCCAGUGUUUACCAGACGUUGACUGAAAUGGAUUUUGAAAGAGGUAUCUGGUCCGCUGCAAUGGAUGGGGACUUGGAAAGGGUCCAGUUCUUGGUCCAAAAGGGCACUGACCCUAACCUAAGAGACUCCACUGGAUACACAGCUCUGCACUAUGCAAGUCGCAGUGGCCAUCACCCUGUAUGCAGGUUUCUUCUUGAGACUGGUGCUUGUGCAUCCCCGCAGACAUCGGGCGGUGCCACACCGCUCCAUCGAUCAGCUUACUGCGGCCACCUCGAUGUGGUCAGACUGCUGCUGCGCCACCGAGCGGAUCCAAAGAUCUGUGAUGACGAUGGUGCCUCCCCUUUACAUAAGGCUGCAGAGCAGGGUCACAAAGAGGUAUGUGAGCUGCUUCUGGAGCACUGUCCGGCCCUCUGCAGCCAGGUGAACAAGAGGCUCCAGCUUCCCUUCCAGCUGGCACCACAGCAAGACCUGCAGGAGCUGUUAAAACCUGACAGACACACUGCUUCCGGGCCAUGCUGAGGUCACAAAAUGAAUACCAGCUCAAAAUCCACAUGGUGAGAUUAAGUCUCAUCUGCACCUGGAUUCACCACAUUUGGAACUUUACUAAUACAAAAUGAUUCUGUUUGGACAGACAUGAGUUUUAUGUAUUACGUAAGUUACAGCUGAGAAUCAAGAAUUAAGUGAAGAGUCCAAACUUCCCAUCUGGUGAUGUGCACUGAUCUUUAAAGUGUGUUAUUUCACUUUGGAAUUAGCCUUGCUUGCAUAUAUGGAUACUCAAUACAAGAGCUGAGCAGGAGUGCAGGGUCAAGGGUCAAGGACAUCGAUGGACAACAGUUCAGUUCAAAAGCCAUAAAGUACUUUUGAAUUUCUCUUUGAAACUACUGCCAUUAAAUCCACAAUGUGUGGCAUUUAAAAUGUAUUUAAGCUGUGCCCUGAAAAUACACGCUUCUGCCCCCGAUGCAGCAUAAAUAAUUGAUUCGUUUAAAUAUGUGGCAUUUUUAUCAAAGGGGUUUGUAAUAAAACUGGAGGACUUUUUUUUUCUGCAGCUGUUGCAUUACUUAUUCUACUUUGUUCGACCAAUUUGUGUUCAUGGAAUCCUUGCAGGAGGCUUUGUGUGGCAGCAGGGGACGCUGCUGUCUUAAAGACAUUGUGCGCGUGUUGUUUUUUCCAGCACACCACAAGAAUUAGCAGGCGGCUCACAUACGGUGACCUCAUUCAAUCCUUCCAGCACAAUGUUGGGAAACUAAACGGGGAAACUGUUAGAAAGUGAGAAAAGCAUCAGUGUGACAGCUGUGAGUGAGCCGCCGUGGAUGCACCACCGUUAAAUCAUGUUUGUUCCAUCAUGGGUUAUUUACCCGUGAAGAACUUUCUUUUUCUAAACUGUUGAUAAUUCCACGUCAUUUUCACACUUUGGCAUGUUUAGCAUUGUCCGUGGGCUUUGGGAACACACACUCUGUCCGUCAUCCGUUGCCAGAAGCACGUCCCAGCUGCUUCCACUGUGCUACUUUAUUGUCCCUGACUUUUUCACCAAGUAUUCAGGUUCUGGUGUAAAUUAUUUUUUAUUUACGCUCUUCUUCAGUCAGAAAUAUACAAAGCGGAUUUUGGUGUCAUAAAUGUGAAAGUAAGUGCCCUUGUUAUGACCUGGAAGUCGUGUUGCUACUGAGGUAUUCCCAUGGUUAUUGAUACCUCCUUGUGUGUCACGGUGACCUGUAAUGUGAGAUUAGGAAAAAUCCAAUAGUUGCUUUGCCACCGCACAUUGUUCAUGUGAAUUUCUACUUUUAUUUUGUUCAAUGAUCAACCGUUCAUAGAGUUUGGCUCAAUCGUUAUUUCUGAAAGGCAUGGCACAUUAUCGCGUCCUUUAAACCAGUAUUCAUAAGCAAAGGAUGGAAGCCCAACAGAUAGAAUGCCUUUCAGCUAUUGUCUCAUGUACUUAUUCAUGUUUAAUAACUAACAUAUGCACAUGUAAGGGGCACAUCCCCUCAGCCUUCCACAGAUGUGCACUGUUUGUGCUGCACUUCCUCUGCGCUCUCACAGUCUGCACGUAUUCCAAAACCUCUCGCUGAUUUCUGAGGAACUUUCAUUGGGUCUGCUGGUGGGCGGUGUUUAAAAACUACCUUCAAACCACAUCCAGUGCCGUG